CUAUUUUUGUUGUUGUUUUUGCAGUUUGCCUGGGGUCGGGUUCGAACUCGCGACCCUCAGUAUGUGGAGCCGGCGCCCUACCCACUGAGCCACAGGCGCCGCCCGUGUUUUGUUUUUAAAAAUCCACCGAGUGCCAAAAGAACACAGAGGACGCCGCGACUACGCUGUUUUCUGGAGCCCUGCACAACAUUUUGAAUAUUCUCAUUGUCUUCAAGCCAGAAAGGAAAUGGAGGAUGGGAAGAGAAGAAAAAAGAGAUUAUUAGGUUCCUGCAAGCUAUUCGGGAGCUGAUCAAGAUUUCAAGCUAAAGAUGGUGGUGAUGAACAGCCUGAGGGUCAUUCUUCAAGCAGCUCCACACAAAUUGCUGUGGAGAAAGUUCCAGAUUCUGAGGUGCAUGCCAGCAAGGCUCUGCAGCCUCUAUACUUGCACUUACAAAACCCGGAAUCGAGCCUUGCAUCCACUCUGGGAGAGCACAGACCUGGUUCCUGCAGGUGAUCGACAGUCACCUAUCAACAUCCGGUGGAGAGACAGUGUUUAUGAUCCUGGCUUAAAACCACUCACCAUUUCUUAUGACCCAAACACUUGCCUCCACAUCUGGAAUAAUGGGUACUCUUUCCUCGUGGAAUUUGAAGAUUCUACAGAUAAAUCAGUGAUCAAGGGAGGACCCCUGGAGCACAAGUAUCGACUGAAGCAGUUCCAUUUUCACUGGGGGGCCAUCGAUGCCUGGGGCUCCGAGCACACUGUGGACAGCAAAUGCUACCCAGCAGAGCUGCACUUGGUGCACUGGAAUGCAGUCAAAUUUGAAAGCUUUGAGGAUGCAGCACUGGAAGAAAAUGGUUUGGCUGUAAUAGGAGUAUUUUUAAAGCUAGGCAAACAUCAUAAAGAGCUACAGAAAUUGGUGGAUACUCUGCCAUCAAUUAAGCAUAAGGACACCCUUGUGGAAUUUGGGUUAUUCAACCCUUCCUGCCUGAUGCCCACCUGCCCGGAUUAUUGGACCUACUCAGGCUCUCUGACUACCCCGCCCCUCUCUGAGUCUGUCACCUGGAUCAUUAAGAAGCAGCCAGUAGAGGUGGACCAUGAUCAGCUUGAACAAUUUCGGACCCUGCUUUUUACUUCCGAGGGAGAGAAAGAGAAAAGAAUGGUGGACAACUUCCGUCCCCUACAACCCCUGAUGAAUCGCACUGUCCGCUCAUCCUUCCGGCACGAUUAUGUGCUGAAUAUACAAUUGAAACCCAAGCCUGCAAUCAGCCAAGCGACCCCCUAAAACAUUUGUAUCUAGGUGGUAUUUUGCUUUAAUACAUGCUAGCUUUCAAAAAAUUGUUAACUAGACUAUUCUAAAUACCUGCAUUUAGUAAUGUUUAUAGAUGUGCAUUUCGUGGUGUGGGAGUACUUCAUCAGUCUUUGAGGAGAACUAUUUGGUAAACAAAUUCUUUUUGGUUGAUAAUAAUAUUUAUCACUGAAGUAAUAGCAAGAGACACAAGUUUUUCUUGCAGCAGCCUGUUGGGUAACACCAGCAUGGAAUGUCCCACUGCCAAUUAAGACAUCUGCGUGCACUGCUUGCCUAUAAUGGCGAGGAGCAGUGAAUGAUCAAUAAUGGUAAUUGUAAUGUCUUUUCAUGUCUGAUUUUUUUUUUGAGACUCUAUGGCCCAGGCUAGAGUGCCAUGAUGUCAGCCUAGCUCACAGCAACAUCAAAUCCCUGGGCUCAAACAAUUCUUCUGCUUCAGCCUCAAGAAGCUUGGACUACAGGCACCUGCCACCACGCCCAGUUAGUUUUUUCUAUUUUUAGUAAAGACAAGAUCUUGUUCUUGCUCAGGCUGGUCUCAAACUCCUGAGCUCAAUGGACCCUCCCAUCUUGGCCUCCCAGAGUGCUAGAAUUACAGGUGUGAGCCACCACGCCCAGCCCAUGUCUGACAUUUUUGAGCAAUCUUUUUGUUUAUAUCAGUUACCAGUUCUGUAGAGUUAUAAGCAGAGAUUAUAAACAAAAUGUUUAACAACUGGUAAGGCACAAACACUGACCAUCCAUAGCUCAGGCCUUUUAGAAACUGCCACAGGGCCCAGACUGGUAUUUCCUGGCUUAACAUAGGAAUAUUUUGAAAUACAGUAGUUAUCUUUUAUUUGAAAACAUGACUGUGUAUUCUUUUAUAAGGGCUUCUCAGUGAGUAUGUUUGCCCUAGUCUUUAGUUGUCAUUGUUAGUAUAUGAUAUGCUUGGUUGGCUCAGCGCCUGUAGCACAGUGGUUACGGCGCCAGCCACAUAGACUGAGGCUGGUGGGUUCGAACCCAGCCUGAGCCAGCUAAACAACAAUGAUGACAACUUCGACAAAAAAUAGCCAGGUGUUGUGGCAGGCGCCUGUAGUCCCAGCUACUUGGGAGGCUGAGGCAAAAGAAUCACUUAAGCCCAAGGGUUAGAGGUUGCUAUGAGCUGUGAUGCCACCGCACUCUACUGAGGGUGAUAAAGUGAGACUCUGUCUCUAAAAAAUAAAUAAAUAAAUAAAUAAAUAAAUAAAUAAUGAGAUAUCACCUCACAUCCAUUGUGAUGGCCACUAUCAGAAGACCAGAUAAUAAUAAGUGUUGGGAAGGGUACAGAGGAGUUGGACCCCCUGUGCACUAUUAGUAGGAAUGUAAAAUAACUGAGUCCUUAUGGAAAAGAAUACAGAGGAUCCUUGAAGAACUGAAAGCAAUUACCCUAUGAUCCAGCAAUCCAGCUUCUGGGUAUAUAUCCAAAAGAAUUCAAAGCAGGAUCUUGAAGAGAUAUUUGUACAUCUGUGUUCAUUGCAGCAUUAUUUGCAAAAUCUAGGGGGUAGAAGAAAUCCAGAUGUCCAUCAACAGAUGAAUAGGUAAAGAAAAUGUGGCAUAUACAUAUAACAGAAUAUUGUGCAGCCUUAAAAAGAAGGAAAUCCUGUCUAAUGUACCACGUAGGUGAACCUUGACAUUAUGCCAAGCAAAAUAAGCCAGUCACAAAAGAACAAAUAUUGUACAAUUCUUCUCAUGUGAAAUGUCUAAAGUAGUAAAAUUCAUAGAACAGAAAAUAGAAAGGUUGUUGCCAAUGGCUGGGGAGAGUUGGGGUGGGGUUUGAGUUUAAUGGAUACAGAGUUUCAGUGUUGUAAAAUGAAAAGUCUAGAGAUCUGUUACACAACAAUGCAAAUAUACUUAACACUUCUAAACUAUGCACUUAAAAUGGUUGAGAUAGUAAAUUUUACAUGCAUUUUUACCCCAAUUAUGAGUCAAAAAAAUUCAGUAGGAAAAAAAUGGAGGCUGGGUGCAGUGGCUUACGUUUGUAAUCCUAGUUUGUAAUCUGUGAGGCUGAGGCAGGUGGAUUGCUGAACUUAAAGGUUCGAGACCAGCCUGAGCAAGAGCGAGACUCCCUCUCUAAAAAUAGCCAGACAUUGUGGUGGGCGCCUAUAGUCCCAGCUACUCGGGAGACUGAGACAAGAGAAUCACUUGAGCCCAAGAGUUUGAGGUUGCUGUGAGCUGUGAUGCCGAGGGUGACAAGUGAGACUGUCUCAAAAAAAAAAAAAAAUGGAGUUUUAUGUAUAAGUUUAGAGAAAUAUCUAUUCUCUAAAAAUGGCAGUUGUGGAGGGGUGAAGACUUUUGAAUGUGUGCCCUAGGAAAGGCAUAAAAUUCCUAGAAAGAUAAACAUGGCAAAAAAAAAAAAAGUCUAUGUUAACUUUCUGCAAUUCACCUGUUUCAAACUAUGUUUACCUUUAAAAGCGUGAACACAUGAGAUAUUUAUGUUCCAGGGCACACAGGCUUUCCUUCUAGCCCUCUUGCAAACUCUUGGGGCAAAACUAUGCUGCAGUGAGUCUUCCAAAUGGAAAGGAAUAAUAAUAUGCAGAAUGCCUGACAUGCCCUUAUAUCUUAGAGAUACAAAAGAUGCAUUUACAGUGCAGGUAGGUGUCCUUGGUUUACCAUUCCUGAUUUACUUAUACCUGGUGUUCUAGUGUAAUUAUUAACAGCACCCUCUUUUUCUUUCAACCCUAUCCUGGUCUGCACAAUAAAUUCUUGGUCACUUUCCCUGUAAAGGCUAUGGAAACUGCCUGGAGGUAGUUUCUUCCUCCAUGUCUUAGUUAUAUAGUUAUAUGACCCUAAAAGGGGCACUGUAGAUUCCCUGGCUACUGAUACACCUAAACAAGAAUUUUUUUGUUCUUGUCUUUUAUGCUCUCAAAAGUUUUUUACUUGUGCUUUCCUAGACAUGAAGGUGGAAAAUGGGUCUAAGUCUGUCAAAGGUCUUGGGAAAGAAGUUUUUAAUAAAACUGAUGGUCAUCUUCAUUAAAUAAUAUUUGACCAAACUCUUUAUUUGCAGUAUUAAUGGGUGGGGAAAGACUUUCCCACCUAUUGUUUUGGUAUAUAAGAUGUCUGUAAAAUUAGUGAGACAUCCUUUAACAUACAAAUCAGAAAGCAUCUAGAAAGUUCCUAAGGGAUUUACUAGAGAAGCAGUAAAUCAGUGGAUUUACUGAUUUUCUAGCAGUGGAAAGAAGCAGCCAAUCUUCUUCAGCUCACCUCAUUCAGUCCACGGUCCAGUGCACAGUCUGUUGGCAUCACCACACAGGGGGAACUAUGAGCCCCUUUCCCAGGGCUACAUGGUACAAAGCAGGUACACUGUGCACUGGUUACCAACUUGUCUCGGUCCAGUGAGACAGAAUGCACUCACACCUAAUAAGUUACAUGAAGCAGGUUUAUUACUUAAACACAGACAGCAAGAGACAAAAGAAGCCAAGGAUCCAUUGUGAGCUGGAAACCUAAGGCUCAAGAGAGCUGCCUUGGGUGGUGUGGAUGGAGUCUCUACUGCAUGUGCCCCACUUGCACUGUGGCUGAGGGAUCCCAAAAGGUAACUCACCCUGAGUUAUAUACCUCAGGGACUACAUAUAACUUACUGGGUAAAGCUUUGAAGAACAUCCUGCUUCCAGGGGAGAGAGGAACAAAGCCUGGGCCAUCCCAGGCAGUUCCUCUCUAAUUCAAGAUGUUACAUUACCUAGGAAUAACAGAAAUAAGGUCUGGGCUGUUCCAGGCAGUUCCUCCCUAUCUCAAGAUGUUGCAUUCCCAUUGCAGUCUGCAGUUACACUCAGGAAUGACAAGCAAGAAAGGGGGAAUUUGUCUUGCACAUGGGUUAGGGGAAAGCUGGCUGUUUAAAACCAGGUAUCCACCCCAAAAACAUCUAGGAAGAAGUCUUUCCCUAUUAAAUUCAAAUGAUGGUAGUUAUAGUUUGGAAGUGGAAUUGGCUUUUAGACUUACUUCUGUAAUGAAAUUAAUUUAAGCAAUUCAAGCCCGUUCCUGAAAAUGAAUUCAGUGGUUAAUUGUUGAAAAUAAAUGUCGAACUUCUA